CUUUAUCUUCAAUGACUUUGGAAAGUUCAACUUUAGUGGCUUUGUAUAAUGAUUUAUCUUCAAUAGUCUCAUACUAUUCUUCUGAAAAAAUUGAAAUAGAAAAUAAAAAUAAAUCAUAUCCAAAACAUCCUGGAGGAAGACUAUUGGAUCCU